AAGAGAUCGAGGAGAGAAAGGCGGAGGAGUUCGGGACGGCGGAUUUGGCGCCGAUUGCCUUAUCGAUAGCUUCGGGGCGGCGCUGCGACUGACUACUUGGCUACAUACUCGGUCCUCGGUACAGAGGAAGCUGCAUCAAGAUGUUCUACGAAGGUAGUUUGCAGGAUGGCAUUGCGGCUGCGGUGGCGGAGGGGAAAGCUGUGGUUUGUUUUGUGAGAGAUGAUGAGCAGACGAGUACACAAUGGGAGGAGGAGUAUUUUACGUUCGAUGAAGAGUUCUCCCGACUCCUCGACACAAGAGCGGUCCUCUUGCGCCUCACCCAGGGCACCCCCGAAGCGGGCUUCCUGGCCUCCUUUUGUCCUAUCGUCAAGUUUCCUACUGUCGUCAUGAUAAAGAAUGGCAUGCUGUGCGAUUAUCUGGUCCCGGACUUGUCCAAGGAGGACUUUCGGGAUCGGUUGGCGGCGAAGCUGGAUGAGAGUCGCGUGGCGGUUCAGCAGGGUCAGGGUGCUGAGGCUACGCCUGCGGAUGAUACGAUAGUGACGACGGAUGAGACUGUGUCUGCACCUGUCGCUCCGGUCCCUGCUCCUGCGCCUGUUUCUGCUCCCGCGCCUGUAUCCUCGCCUCCUGCACCUACCUCCCCCGUUGCAGCGCCAGCUCCAUCUCAGCCGGAGCCAGCCUUUACGCCGACUGAACCACCCUCUACUACAACCGAGCCAGAACCCCGAGACGCAAGCAUCCGCGAAGGCAAGCGACGAGUCGAGGACGCGCGAACCCUACAACCCCAAUCACCCCCGACCAAGAAACUACAACAGCAGAAGCAGACCCCCAAACCCGCACCCACCAAACAAGAACCCAAACCCAACCCCAAAGCGAACCCCUCCACCCCCAUCACCAACCCCCCAUCUCCCCCCCGCCAACCCUCCCACCCCACGCAAUACCGUCUCCAAGUCCGCCUCUUCGACGGCCGCUCCGUGCGAUCCAGCUUCACCCCGACGCAAACCAUCCGCGCCGACAUCCGCCCCUGGCUCGACCACCAAAUGGACGAAAAAUCCCCCUACAACCUGAAACACAUCCUCACGCCUCUCCCCAACCGCACCCUCACGCUCACCGACGAAGAAACCCCCCUCGCGGAACUGGGCCUCGGCUCGUCCGCCAACCUCGUCAUGGUUCCGAUUCAGUCCUACACGGAGGCGUACGCUGGUACGGCGGCGAGUUUGCCUGUCCGAGCAGUGUCCUCUGCUUAUGGACUUGUUUCGUCGGCGGUGGGGACGGCGACGGGUCUGGUGGGUUCGUUCUUUGGGUAUGGAGUGGCUCCGGCGGCUCAGGCUGCGGAACCGGUAGCGGCGGCGACUGCUCCGGGUGGUGAUGCGAGGAGAUUGCGCAGGGGACCAAUGAUUCGGACGUUGAGGGAUCAGCAGAAUGAGCGCGAUGAGAGGGAGUUUUAUAAUGGGAAUCAGUUGAACUUUCAGCCGCGGAAUGAUGGGGACAGACGGUAG